CCCUUUUGAUCGAUUCCCAGCAAAACCAUAAUCUCGUCGUGCAUGACAGUGACAGCAUACUUAUGUCGCCUGACUCUCGGAAACAACGUUCUCGCUGAUCCAGAACAGGAUCCCGCCGAAGUUGACGACGAAAUUCGGCAUGCUAUGGAGCUUCGUCAGGCUGUUGAAAAGUCGGAAUCCGACGUAUUGGCGACAGUAGGCUUUUAUAACGCUCCUGACGUACAACAAGAAGCAGCAGAGAAUUUUGCGGGCUUCUCACUUGCGGUCGGCUCAAUGAUUGGCAACUAUGUUUUGUGCUUUCCUUUCGUGGUUGCAAGACAUCGACAUCAGACCGUUCCACAGCUAUUUGCUAGACAGAGAGAUACGCCUCUGGCUUCCAUUAUGUACCUAGCCAACCAACGCAAACAAGGCGGCUGGAAGGCACUAUACCCUGGGUUCGGAUUGGGUUUACUUGCGCAAGGAUUUGCUGUCAGUUAUGAAAGCGUACUGAAUACAGUGCUGUCUAGAAUAUUCAGCAAGACAACCAGCUCAACCGCUUUCUUAACUCGAUUAUCUUUGGCCAUUGUAAACAAAACACUGGAGUUGGCUGUCUAUAUCCCUCUACACCCUAUAUAUCGAAAUGCACUAAUUGUACGAACACAAGCACAAACCCCAUUCACUCAUAUGGUUAUAACAUCCUAUUCUGGAUUCUGGAGGGCAUGCAAGAGAGAUUUGCAUCGAUUCUCCCCAUUUUCUCAACCUACCUUGGCCCACAAUGCAUUGCCCCUCUCCUCUGUGUUUAUUCCAUCAUGCCUCCUAAGUGUACUAUCCGAAAAGCUACUCACCAUUGUAUAUAAGCAUCUUCAUCGCUUCCUUUUUAAAUCUAAGCACACUGAGAAACGUCAUACCAGUAAGCGGCAGCAUCAAACACCGCGCCCACGCACUUCUUCACUUCGCCAAUCACUCGCCAGGGAAGCAUCGUCUUCUUCUCCCUCUUUGACCACGUCAAUGGCGGUGCCAGCAAAGGACAUCUCUUCCCAAGACAAGUCAUCCAAAUCCACUGCCGAUGAAACUACUCUUUACUCUUUCUAUCCUGAGGUUGUCUGUGGCAUCACAAGUAGUAUACUCACACGGGCGCUUGUUUAUCCUGCUGAGACCAUUGUGUUCCGACUGAUGUUACAAGGAAGUGGAGUACUUCAGAAUGACACAAACUACACUGGAUUCUGGAACUGCGUGACCGACAUCAUUCGGGAGGAAGGCGUGUGUUCUGGCUUGUAUCAAGGAAUGGGUGCUUGGUUGGCGGAGGUCUUACUUGGGUAUUUCAUUUUGGAAUCAUCAUGGGUCGCCCUGAGGUUGACACAAUGGCACCUGAAGAGAAAAUACGAUAAAAAAGUCGAGAUGGAAUGGCAGACUAGAAGAGCAAUGGUUCGAGAGGAAUAAUUCGAAUGGCAAUUUUUGAAAAAUUUUAUUUGUUUUUAUUGUAUAAUCUGUGAACAAAAGUAAUUAAAAAAGAUACCGCCGCUUUCAUUCAACUGGGCUUUCUUCAUCUUCUAAUGCAACGUCGUCUUCCUGUGCAAGUUCUUCUUCAUUCACUUGUUCUACAGUGUCUUCGAAAUCAUCUACUUCUGGUGCUUCUUCAACGGGAGGUUGGCCGUUGACAACAUGAAGUUCAGGGAAAAGAUUGGGGUAGUUCUC